AUGAAGGAGGAGGCAGGCGAACUCCCGAAUAAAAAACCAAAAAAGGAUAUCCCUGCAAAGGAACCUGAACAAAAUUGUUACCACAGGUGCAUAAAAUGUUCUAACACAUUUACUGGAUCCGACGUUCUUGACAUUGUGCUUUGCCCAGAUUGUCACGCAAGCGAGAAUAGUACAGCAUCGAAAACAUCCGAAGUUAUACAGAAGCCGGAUGUGGAAGCUACUCAAACAACACAUGCUGACGAAUCUGUUGUUGCAAAUCAAUAUGACGGAACAUCAACCUGCAAUGUUUCACCGCUGCAGCAAGCAAGCACACCUACAGUUGAUCUCCCGAACCGUGUCGUCGAAAAAGCAGAUCAGUCACAUAUGCAAUUUUAUCCAACAAACAACGGACAGGCUAUCCCUGCUUACAACAACACUUAUCCUACUUUCGAUUUGGAUCCAAACAUGCAUGCCGAUUUCGGAUCGAGCCCACCUAUGCAUCCUGAUUUUGGUUCUACCCCAAACAUGCAUCCCGGUUUUGGUUUAGGCCCAAAUACGCAUCCUGCUUUUGGUUCGGGCGCAAACAUGCAUCUUAAUCUUAAUUCGAGCUCAAACAUGAAGACUGAUACCAGUUCCAGCUCAAGCAUUUAUUCCGAAUCCGGUUUGAGCCCAACUAUGCAUUCUGGUUUUGGUUCGAGCCCAAGUAUACAUUCUGGUUCCGGUUCAAGUCCAAAUAUGUAUCCGAAUCUUGUUUCAAGCCCGGACAUGUAUUCUGUUUUUGGUUCAAGCCCACACAUGCAUCCCAGUUUCGGUUCAAGCCCAGAUGUGCAUCCUGAUUUUGUUUCGACUUCAAACAUGCAUCCUGAUUUGGUUUCAAAUCCCAAUAUGCUCCAGUAUCAUUAUCAGGCUGAUCAAGCACAGUGGGACACUUGGAACUUCAAUGACCAAUUCUCCUAUUCCAAUUACCCAUGUCAUAACUUUUGA